CCCAGGAGGGGAGGGGGGGUGGCGGGGUUGGGGGGGUGCCCAGCUGCCAUCCCCGCCGCCUCCUGGCCCCCACUAGCUGGCGCCCAAGUGGGAGGACGGCAGCUGCCCGCUCCCUCCUCCCCACACCCCCGCUACCUGCCCAGUCCCCGAAGCGAAGCGUGAGGAGGCUGUGAGCCAGCGGGGCCGAGCCCACAACUUUGCAGCCUCGGGGAGGGUGAGAGCCGGCGUCCAGGGCUCCUCUUGUCCGCGGCCAGAGCUCGGAAUGUAAUUGAGGAUGCUGGCCCUGAGGCUGCUCAACGUGGUGGCCCCCGCCUACUUCCUGUGCAUCUCCCUGGUGACCUUCGCGCUGCAGCUCUUCCUCUUCCUGCCCAGCAUGCGCGAGGACCCCGCGGCCGCCCCGCUCUUCUCGCCCGCGCUGCUCCACGGGGCGCUCUUCCUGUUCCUCUCAACCAACGCCCUGGGCAAUUACGUCCUGGUCAUCCAGAACUCCCCGGACGACCUGGACGCCUGCCAGGGGGCCUCGGCCAAGAGGGCUCCAUGUCCCCCGCCCAGCACCCACUUCUGCCGAGUGUGCGCCAGAGUCACCCUGAGGCACGACCAUCACUGUUUCUUCACCGGCAACUGCAUCGGCAGCAGGAACAUGCGCAACUUCGUCCUGUUCUGCCUCUACACCUCCCUUGCCUGCCUCUACUCCAUGGUGGCCGGCGUGGCCUACAUCUCCGCCGUCCUUUCCAUCUCCUUCGCCCACCCCCUGGCCUUCCUCACGCUCCUUCCCACCUCCAUCAGCCAGUUCUUCUCCGGAGCUGUGCUAGGUUCUGAAAUGUUCGUCAUCCUCAUGCUCUACCUCUGGUUUGCCAUCGGCCUGGCCUGCGCCGGCUUCUGCUGCCACCAGCUGCUGUUGAUCCUCCGGGGGCAGACCCGCCACCAGGUGCGGAAGGGGGUGGCAGUGAGGGCCCGGCCCUGGCGCAAGAACUUGCAGGAGGUCUUCGGGAAGAGGUGGCUGCUGGGCCUGCUGGUCCCCAUGUUCAAUGUUGGAGGUGAGAACUCGAAGCAGCGGAACAAAUAGCAAGCACUCCCAUCAUUUCUGUGUGUGUGUCCUGACUCCUCCUGAACAUCAGACCACGGCACCCUUGUCUCCACCCAUGACCCACUACAAUCUCGUGCUGGUAAGGUCCUAGCAUCCACCCCUGGUCUGUGACACAUAGAGAACAGUGUUGGCUGGUGGAUCAUGACAAGGAGGAAAAAUGACUGCCCUGGCAUUGUAGGCUCCCCACGAGCCAGCCAGGUGGCUGCUGUUAGGAGACCUGUGCUUUUGUUUCUUCUGUUGGGGUCCCUGCCUUCCCCCUCUGCCUGCCUCGUCCACUCUUUCCCAUAUCUGUUGUCAUCGUUGCUAUCUGCUAAUGUUCUUCCUCUGAGCCCCAUCUUGGGAGUGGGGAGUGGAUUCUUGCUGCUGGUAUGAUGCUCCCCGGGACCUGGAGGCUGGCAGAAAAUGUUUAAAAUUACCAUACGUGAGAGGCAGCCAAGUCAGCUCCAGCAACUACUAGGGACAUUGGGAAAGGAGGGGUACAUGUCGUUGUCCCCUCUGGGCAAUUGUGGGCAGUGGGAGGGAAAAAGAACUCAGUAGCUUGCUGUCCAUUCCCCCAAGUUGCAAGGCCCUUUCUCUGGGAGACAGCAGUCAAUGGCCUGGAAUUUCUAACUGCUGUCCCCUGUCUGCCCUGCCCCAGCUGGCCACCCCAGCCCAGUCCAGGACCUGGCUGGAUGCUUCCUUUCCUUCGCACUCUUCCAGCCUUUUCCCUUGGUCUCCAGCCUCCAGGUCUUUGCUAGAUGCUGGGAAGGCAAGGAAGAAGGGAGAAGGAAAGGGGAGAUUCUGAUCAAUGAGAUUGGCAUGUGACUGCAUAACCAUACAGAAGAGGACGUGCGGG